CAUCCAUCCAGUGUAGCGUUUGCGUUCACAACAGUAGGUUCGCUUUGGAUCGCUCGGCCAGCCCGGCCAAACCUUUCCGCGGAAAGAAACUGGCAGCAAACGGUGUUGAAGUGAAGAUCGUGUGUAGCACAGGUCGGUGUUAGUGUUGCGUGCGUGUGUGUGUGUGUGUGUGGCGCGCUGUGGCGUGUCCUCGUCACCGGUCUUGGGACGGGGCGCAUCAUUUGCAGUGUCUGUGUGUGGUGUUGCAAAAUUAACCCAAGGGUACCCGCUUCCUAAGCAGAAGAAAAGUAUCCACAGAAAGUGUCUGUGUUUAAUUAAGUUUGACAUCAAAUAUCGAUUCAAAAUUGUUGAACCCAUCGCAACCGAUCACCGAUAAACCAGCAAGUUGGAAAAAGCAUCACCAAAGUUGGAGAAUCUAAACCGAACGCAGCUUUUCAAAACAGAUUUGGUCGUGAGGAUCGCGUGUGAAGACGGCAGACACUCAUAUCCCCGUCGGAGGCCCAAAGAUGGAAGUCCAAACGGCUCUGGUACUAACGAUUCAGCUGAUAGCGUUGUUUUCGAUAGCGGGUGCGUUGCUGCUGUAUCUGCUGUGUAAGGUGCGCGGAACAAGAGACGAUGCCAACGGAACGCAGAAAGGCUCGAUACUGAUCACCUGUGCGGACACCGCCCUAGGACUGCAGAUCUGCACAUUCUUCGCUAGCAAAGGACAUCGAGUGUUCGCCGGUAUGAAGGACCCGGUCGAAUCGCUACCUGCCAAGCUGUUGCGCGGCUGGAUGAAGAUGCGCGAAAACUCCGACACGCCAGUCAGUGGGUCGGUUGUGCCGAUGAAGAUUGACGUUACGCGGGAGGACGUGCUGCGCGAGGCGGCUGAAGCGAUGGGCGCUCAUCUGAAUGCGGGCGAACGGGGCAUACUGGCCGUAAUCAACACGGCCGGAUCGGUGUACCGUGGCCGCAUCGACUCACAGGACUCGCUGCAGUGGGAAAGCAUGUUCAAGAACAACGUCAUGGGAUGUCUUCGGACGGCGCGUGCCUUUAUCGGACUGUUGCGACCCACGCGGGGUCGACUGAUUCUGCUCGGGUCUGGCAAUGAUGACGAUGGGUUGACAGUGUUCAUGGCCACACGGAACGCUGUGCAGGGAUGUGCCGAUGCGCUGCGCAAAGAGCUGAAACCGUACGGUGUGAACGUUGUGACACUGGACUCGCGCGGUGUCCCAGCGGAGUCACUGUUCAAGGCACCGGUUCCAUACACCAUCUCGGAUGAGGAAGGUGUACCGACGCAGUACAGCGCGGAUGUGCUCACCAGCUCGGCACUGGGUGUGAUCGAGCGUGCCCUGUACGACACACGCCCCAGUGAGACCUACUGUCUUUCGGUGCCAAAUAGCAAGUUCCAGAUGAGGUUGCCCUGCCGGUCAUCGUUGAAGAUUUCCGCCAGCCGUGCGGACCCGAAACCCAUACAGAGCGUCUGAAGCGCCAGCUCUCCUCCCGGCCACACACACACACCAGAGGACGACGACAGAUUUCAGAACUUCUUUGUGCCUAUUCGUUUGUCUAAUUUUCGUUUUGCUAAGUUUUGCAGUACGAGCGUGCCGUGUAUCUCUUUUUCAGGCCGCGCUGUUCGUCGUUCCACACGACUGGAUCCUCGGUCGCUCGAUCAGGACAGCGGCGCAGGACGGCUUGCAGUUUUGGAAACGGUUUGCGUUUCUUCUGCGAACCGUGGACUAAUGCUAUAGGUUUUUUCCACCUUCCCCUAUUCCCUGUGUAAAGUUUGUUUAUUUUAAGCAAAUGAUAUGAUUGUUUUAGUGUAAAGUACAGAAAUAAAUAACAUACCUUAUUUCGUUCAUUGGUAAUGAA